UUUUUUAAGGAAACUAUGGAGAAAAAGGCUUUGAAGAAUUGCAGAAAUCUGUCAAAGACACUGAUAUAUGCAUUGCUUUUCAACACAAAGUCAAAAGUUUAGCAGACACCGAAGACGAGGUACCUGGUAAAUUACAAGUAGUUGUAUGCUUUUGUGAGGGCCGAACAAUUCACAACAUGUUUCGAGCUCAACAAAAACUACGGCUAAAUGAUACAGCAAUCAAGCGAUAUCAGUGGAUCGGCAGCGACGGUUGGGCCGAUAGACCAGACGUGGUUAAAGGCGUUGAAGAAGAAGCUGCCGGCAGUUUUUCUAUCAGAAUACAUUCACCAUAUGUUGACGAAUUCGACAGUUACUAUCGCUCUCUAAAUCCUCAAAAUAACCACGAUAAUCCUUGGUUUGCCGAGUUUUGGGAAGAAAACUAUCACUGUCGUUUGACAGUGGCAACAGCCAAAUCAAAAGAAUCUUUCAAUGGUACUGGUGAAUGUAGCAGCAAUCUAAGCAUUACUGAUUAUAUUCAGGAUGCUAAGUUAAGUCAAGUAGCGAAUUCGAUACGUGUAGUUGCUUAUGCCUUACGUAACAUGUUCUACGACAAGUGCCCUGACAACAAGACACUUUGUGAGGAGAUGAAAAAUAUUAACGGGACUAUACUGUACAAAUAUAUGUUGAAUGUCACAUUUGUUGAUCAGUUCGGACAAGAAAUGUACUUCGACUCAAAUGGUGAUCCACCAGCGUGGUACGAUGUUCUAAAUUACGUUGGCAUUCAAGGAGGGUUUCAAACAGUAGGUGAAUAUCGAAAAAACCGAGGAAGUGUCAUUUUUUCUGACACUGCAUUCCGUGAUUCAUCUGGUAGGGUUCCGGUUUCAGUAUGCAGCGACGAAUGUGGUUAUGGCCAAAAGAAAAGUACUACACAUGGAUGUUGUUGGACAUGUGAUAAUUGUACCGAAACUCAGAUCGUCAACUAUACAGUCAAUGAGUGUCAAACAUGUCCUCCUGGUACUUGGCCAAACGAUCAUAAAACUGCUUGCUACCAGCUGAAGGGGGAAGCACUGUACUGGUUUGAAGCAAAAGUAGUUUGUGCCUGGAUCUUGGCAUUGGCUGGCGUCAUUGUUACCAUUCUGACCACAGUUGUUUUUGUUCGAUAUAACCAUACUCCUGUUGUUAAAUCAACCACUCGAGAGCUUUCUUACAUUAUAUUAAGCGGUAUAAUGGCGUGCUAUGCUGUAACAUUUAUUAUUCUUGCUCGGCCUACCUUUAUAUCGUGUUUUUUAACCCGCAUUAUUCCCCCAAUUGCUUUCUCCAUCAUCUAUUCAGCGCUGUUGACCAAAACGAAUCGUAUUGCACGAAUACUCGCAGGUAGCAAAAAAAGGAUAUUAACUAAAAAACCGCGUUUUUUAAGCACCUCUGCUCAGGUAGUGAUAACAUGGCUUCUAGUUGGAGUUGAGUGUUUGAUUGUGGCGGUUGGAGUAAUGGAGGAAAUGCCACAAGUAGGUUAUAUCUACAAACCGCGCAGAAUGUUCGUCAUAUGCUCAUCGACAACCGCAGCGUUUUUGUCGCCUUUUCUUUGGGAUCUGUUUUUGAUUACUUUAUGUACUUUAUAUGCUAUUAAAACGCGUAAUUUGCCAGAGAACUUCAACGAGGCUAAAUUCAUUGGAUUCACCAUGUACUGCACCUUAGUAAUAUGGAUAGCUUUUAUAGUACUUCAUUUCAAUGCGACCAAUAAAGCUCUCACAAUGAGCUUCUCAUUUAGUAUCUCAGCAACAGUAGCACUAAGUCUUUUAUUUUUUCCAAAAUUGUAUAUUAUCUUAGUUCAUCCUGAGAAAAAUGUCCGUUCAAGCUAUACAACUACCAAAUUAAUUCGCUGUCACUUUGGAAAUUCUCAGGGAACAGACACUUCCAGGUUAGCUUUUUAUAUUCUAAAAAUUUUACUAAUUUUUUUUCCAUUCAUUUUAACUUAUCCGUUGAGGACAGCAUCUGUGCGACUGAGUCAAACAUCAUCGCAAGACGCUUCGACGCAGACUAAUUCAGUAAGCUCUCCAACGCGUAUAGGCAGAAGUUUUUCAAUUUUACGGCAUCGUCGAAGCAAUAAACCUCUUGAUGACGAAAUCUUAGAGCUCAUUGAAUGUUGCCGAAGAUACCAGGAUGCUAAAGCACAAAGCUCUACCUCAAAUUUUGUGAUUGAAGAAAGUCAUGACGACGAAGUUAGAAGCUUACUGGCUGGUUCAAUUGAGCAAUCGGUUAAAACUGUUCUUAGUGCUGUUGCUGGAACUCGUGGAGACUCAAGCGGAAGUUCGGAAUUUGAAGAGUUGCUCAGAAGCCGAGGACUAACAGCGGUGGAUUUAAGUAAACCGACAAGCUUAUGA